AUGGAUAAUGAAAUAAAAUUGUUUAUGGAGGUCACAAAAUUGUCAGACGAAGGGGAAGCAAAACGAUUGCUGACAAUGUGUAACGGAAAUUUAGAGGAGGCUAUAGUUAAGUAUUUGCAAAAUGGGAAGGUAGAAAACAUGCAUGAAGAGAAUGAACCUGUUAAUCCUUCAAACAGUUUGAAGAAGAGAGAAGGGAAAGGAAAGGAAAAGAUGGAUGUUGAAAAUAAAGUAAUAAAUAAAAAUUCAAAUCAAAGAUCAAAUUCAGUAAAUAAUAAAAUGUUUCAAAAAAAUAAUGAAAAUAUAGUAAAAUGGAAUUUUUUAGAAGUAUUAAAUAAUGUAGGAGAAAUAAUAUGUCCUUUAUUUCGAAAUAUUUAUAAUUUUAUUACAUCAUGUUUUCAUCUGAUAAGUACUUAUAUUUUAAAUGUAUGUAGUAAAAAUAAUUUUACAAUAUAUUAUGAGGAAAAAUAUGGUAAAACUCAUGUAACAUUUUUUAAUGGAAGUCUUAAAGAAGCAAUAAAUAGAUCCAAAAGAGAAGAUAAGUUAUUACUUGUUUAUUUACAUACAGAAAAUGAAGAGAGUACAUAUUUUUGUAAAGAUAUUUAUACAAAUAUAGAAAUCAUAACAUUUUUUGAAAACAAUUGUAUAUUAUAUGCACAAGACAUUAGUAAAUAUUCUCUUACCGAGUUACAUGAUGUAAUAAAUAUAUAUAUGUUUCCUCAAAUUAAUAUAUUACUAGCAUAUGGUUCUAAUGUUAAAGAGUUGUCUGUAAUAUAUGGAACUCCAAAUGCUACAGAGAUUAUACAAUCUAUUAUUGGAUGUAUUGACAAGGCUGAAGUUGAAAAAAAAAAAUUACAAAGGAAUACAUCAAUGAGAAGUAGUGUUGAUGAAUCAGUUUAUAGAGACAGAUUAUUAAGAGAAGAACAAGAUAGAGAGUAUCAAGAAGCUUUAAAAAAAGAUAAACAAAUUAUGGAAGAAAAACAAAAGAAAGAAAAUGAAAAAUUACAAAAAAUUGAAAAAAAAAAAAAUUAUAUAAAAGAUAUAAAAAAUAAAAGAGAUGAAAAAAGUAAAAAAUUUCCAUUAACAAUUAAACCUAAUGAUAAAGUUACAAAAAUAUUAUUACGAUUACCAAAUGGAUUAAAAGUACAAAAUAAUUUUAGUGACAAUCAUACAUUAAGAGAUAUAUACGAUUGGGCUGAAUGUUGUGAUAUAUUAGAGAUUGAUAAAACGAAAAAAAAGAACAUGAAUAUUCCAUGUAAAUUUGAUUUAAUAUGUGGUCAUACAAAAUCAGUUUUAAAAAAUUCGAGAAAUCCAAUAAAAGAUUUUGAUUUAUAUCCUAAUGCAGUUCUUAAUAUGAAAUCAUUAGAUUCAUCUGAUGAUGAGGAGUAA